AUGUGCCUCCCGCCGCUGCUGCUGCUGCUGCUGCUGGCCGGGCUGCUGCUGGCCGGGCUCCGCAGACUUUUCCUGGGGCUGUGGGCUGGCAGCUCCCCGAACCCCUUCUCCGAGGACGUCAGGCGGCCCCCCGCGCCCCUGGUGACCGACAAGGAGGCCAGGAAAAAGGUUCUCAAGCAAGUUUUCUCGGCCAGCCAUGUGCCAGACAAGCUGGAUGUGGUGGUGAUUGGCAGUGGCUUUGGGGGCCUGGCCGCAGCUGCAAUUCUGGCUAAAGCUGGCAAGCGAGUCCUGGUGCUGGAACAACAUACCAAGGCAGGGGGCUGCUGUCAUACCUUUGGAAAGAAUGGCCUUGAGUUUGACACAGGAAUCCACUAUAUUGGGAACAUGCAUAAGGACAGCACCGACCGUUUUAUCUUAGACCAGAUCACUGAAGGGCAGCUGGACUGGGCUACCCUAUCCUCUCCUUUUGACAUCAUGGUACUGGAAGGGCCAAGUGACCGAAAGGAGUUCCCCAUGUACAGUGGGGAGAAAGCCUACAUUCGGGGCCUCAAGGAGAAGUUUCCCCAGGAAGAAGCUGCCAUUGACAAGUAUAUAAAGCUGGUUAAGGUGGCGUCCGGUGGAGCUGCUCAUGCCAUCCUGCUGAAGUUCCUGCCCUUGCCCGUGGCUCAGCUCCUUGACAAGUGUGGGCUGCUGACCCGUUUCUCUACAUUCCUGCAUGCAUCCACCCAGAGCCUGGCCGAGGUGCUGCAGCAGCUGGGCGCCUCCCCUGAGCUGCGGGCAGUGCUCAGCUACAUCUUCCCCACAUAUGGUGUGACCCCCAGCCAUAGCACCUUUUCCAUGCAUGCAUUGGUGGUGAACCACUACAUGCAAGGGGCCUUUUAUCCUCGAGGGGUUUCCAGCGAAAUUGCCUUCCACACCAUCCCUGUGAUUCAGCGGGCUGGGGGUGCUGUCCUGACGAAGGCCACCGUGCAGAGUGUCUUGCUGGACUCAGCUGGAAAAGCCUGUGGUGUCAGUGUGAAGAAGGGGCAAGAGCUGGUGAACAUCUACUGCCCCACCGUGAUCUCCGAUGCGGGACUGUUCAAUACCUACGAGCGCUUACUGCCGCAGAGCGCCCGCAGCCUGCAGGGUGUGAAGCAGCAGCUGGGGAUGGUGCGGCCUGGCUUGGGCAUGUUCUCUGUUUUCAUCUGCCUCCGAGGCACCAGGGAGGACUUGGGUCUGCAGACCACCAACUACUAUGUUUACUAUGACACAGCCAUGGACAAGGCGAUGCAGCGCUACGUCUCCAUGUCCAGUGAAAAGGCUGCAGAACACAUCCCUCUUCUCUUCAUUGCGUCCCCACCAGCCAAGGACCUGACUUCGGAGGACCAAUUGCCAGGUCGCUCCACGAUGAUAGUGCUGGUGCCCUCCGCCUAUGAGUGGUUUGAGAAGUGGCAGGAGAAGCCCAAAGGAAAGCGGGGCAGUGAAUAUGAGACCCUCAAAAACUCCUUUGUUGAAGCCUCCGUGUCAGCCAUCCUGAAACUGUCCCCACCGCUGGAGGGGAAGGUGGAGCGUGACUGGAGGGGCCCCACUGACCAAUCAGUUCUAUGUCACUGCGCCCCGAGGAGCCUGCUACGGGGCUGACCACGAACUGUACCACCUAUAUCCUUGAGUGAUGGCUUCCAUGAGGGCCCCGAGCUCCAUCCCCAACCUCUACCUGACAGACCAGGAUAUCUUCACCUGUGGGCUGAUGGGGGCCCUGCAAGGGGCCCUGCUGUGCUGCAGUGCCAUCUUGAAGUGGAACUUGUACUCA